AUUAUUCAUACAUCACUUGGUUCUCUUUACUCAUUUUGGGCAAAAGCCGCAACUGAGAAAGAAGGUCGAAAUCAAUGGCGAAUGCAAUGUGCAGCAAAAUCAACACUCUUCAAAACUCUUCCAUACUCAAAUCCACCUUCACUUUCAUCAGAACCCUUUCCACUUCUUCUCCUUCACCUUCUUCCGAUGCCGCUUCCGAAACUACUAAGAAAUCAAAGCGAAGAAAGAAGAAAAACUUUUUCGAAGUAGCUCAGUUUUUACCUAACUGGGGAAUUGGUUAUCACAUGGCCAAAACUCAUUGGAAGGAAGUUUCUUACGAAAUCACCAAACUCAAUCUCUACAAGGAUGGAAAACAUGGAAAAGCAUGGGGUAUUGCUCAUAAAAAUGGUUUGCCUAUAGUAGAUGCUCCUAAAAAAAUUAGUGGAGUUCACAAGCGUUGUUGGAGGUACCUCCCAAGUGUAGUAAAAGCAUCAGAAAGUUCACCAACCUUGACAAGUUCCACAGACAGUGACUUAAAAGUUGAAACCCAAGCAAGUUAAUGCUUCAUAGUGACUUCGGAUUUGGACUUGUGUUAUCGACAUUAUGGAUUAAUGUUAUCAACAUUAUACCUUGUGUCUUAGAUUAGAUUUUCAAUUGCCAUAGUUCUUUUUUACUAUGUUAACAUUUUGAGUCAAUUGUGAAAUAAACCUUUGGCAUUCAUGUAAGGUUCUUGUGCUUCUUUCUUUUAAAUAUCUGAUUAAAUGACCUCCAGACCAUGAAAUUUGCUUUCGGAGUAA